AUGUCUGAAAAUAUUAAGACUGUAGGACGUAAAGAAGUUUUUGAUGUCACAUUGCAACGACAUGAAAAUCCUAAGUCUAAGAACGCAAGAGACCGUAGCCAAAGCCCUAUUAUCUCAGAAGCUGGUAAUGAUGAUGGUUACAUUUUAGACGAAAUAGCUAAGUUGCCCGACCUUAGUGAACUAUAUUGUGAAGAUGAACAGGAUACUUCUAUGGGUUCGUAUGAUUAUACAGAAAAAAAUGACGGGAUGUCCAAAUCUGAUGUCUAUCACAAAAAUUUACAAAGGAACAGACAAGAUAGUUUUAAACUUUUUACUGAUAUGCAAACUACUAUUGUUCAGGAGCCUUCACACACUAAAUAUGAUAUGUCACAUCUAUUGAAAUACAAUACUUUAACAACCACUUCAACACAAUUGGAUGAUUCACGGCAUAUCACCAUGUUAAUAAGACAAAGGGACAAUUGUAAAAAAAGUGCUACAGAGCUUAAAAAUAAAUUGAAAGCCUUAAAGCUUCAUAGUAAAAGCAGCAAAUUGUCAAGUACUGAUAAUUUCGUCAAAAAUAAUAAUAAACUGCAGUUGGACCUCCAUAAAAAGUUGAAGGCUACCGGCAAUGUUGUAAAGAUGUUGGAUGAAAUCAUAGAAGCAGAAUGUUCCGAAGCUUACAAUACAGAAACAAAAGACAGGAGCCAAGCACAGAAACAAUAUAAAUAUAAUUACGAAUAUUAUGACCCGGAGUUACACUGGUGUCAUAUUUGUAACGUGUUCCCACAGACCGCGAAAGAUUUUUUAAAACAUUUGCAUAGCAGUCUUCAUCAGGAAAAAAGUGCAGACCACAUAGAAAAGCCGUGGAGUGAACAGACGGAUUUCGACGUAGGUUUCCCUCAUGUGCCUUCUGCUCCAUCAAAACGAACGCCUAUUAGAGGUCUUCAGUUCUAUGUGCCAACAACAGCGUGGUACUGUAAGCUGUGCAAGCACUUCAUGGGCGACGCGAACUCUGCCUCAAAUCAUCUGAAGUCUAUCAUACACGCUAACAAGUAUAAUGAAUUUAUUGAGCAUAACCCACAUUUUGAGACCGACUGGAUUUCCGAUCGCCAGAAGGCGUACGAAAAAGUUCAAAGAUUGAAGAGGCUGAUCGAAAAUGAGAAGAUAGUUAGCAUCUGUGUCAGUAGUGACACAGACACUGAACCUACUCAUACGAAGGAAAAAAGAAUGAAAAAGGAACGUCACAUUAAGCAUACGAAAGAGAAUAUUUUGAAGACAAACUUCGAAAAAAUUGCUGAAAUAGAUUCAACGCGAUCCCGACAACAUACAUUUACUCCAAGCGAUCGUGUUUAUGACCGAUCUGUCUCUCGUGAGGUAGAUGAUAAUGAAAGGAGACGUUUAGAAGCACGCUGGAAAGAUAAAGAUAGUGAAGGAGAGAGACGGAUGAACGAAAAAGGGAAGUAUUCUGACGAAAGAGAGAGAUACCAGGAGAGAUCAACGCUGUGUUAUAACGAGAGGGAGAGACGGAGGGAUGAAAAAGACAGAGAAAGAAGACAUCGACGGGAUUCAAGGUAUAAUCACCGAUACAGACGUGAUUCGUGGGAACAAUUACGAGAGCCACAACAAACUAAACCAAAUUACAGGGAAACUAAAGCAAAAAUUUUGCCGGAACCUGAAAAAGAUAAUGGAAACCCAAAAUUUAAUAUAAAAGAACUGAAAGACACUACGACGAAAUUAUAUAACAACGAACGCCAAAAGAACGAAAACAUUUAUCAACUCGCUGCCACUUGGCUAAACAACAAUCCUUUGCCUAUCUAUCCACCAAUAGCUGUACCUGACGGUGACAUAAAUCAGUAUUAUCCUUAUGGGUAUCCUUAUUAUAUGGGAACGGGUUAUGGAUUAGAGUCUAUGAUGAAUCCCGGAAUGAUAGCUCCUUGUACUGGUAACUCCGGAACGAGUUUGUUGGGCGAACCACCGAUAUAUUACGGAUUUAAUCAAACAUUCUCACUUUUGUAUAAUCAGAUGAAUCAGGAAAGCCAAACAAUUGGAAAUAUAAUACCGCAGGACUCGAAAGAACAUAUAGAGGAAGAAACCAAUGGUGCAGAAGAAAAUGAAAAGUAUGAAUCUCAAACUGUUAAGGAUCUCCAAGAGCAGCCUCCUAAUAAGGAAAACGUUGAAGUUCAAACAUCUGACAAUAAUCAAAACGCAUCUAUUAAAACUUAA